GCGACAGAGAUUGGCAAGUCAAGGGACAUGUUCCCUCCCCAGCUCCUUUCUGCUCUGGUGUCUGGUCUGAUCUUGGUCUGCUGAAAGACCCUAAAUACUCACGAUCUUAGUAUGCUACCAUCCUUCCCCAUGCUCUGUUCCCCAAACCCCUCUCCUGGCACAGUUGCUCUCGUCUGAUGGAAAAGCUUUCCUCUACCUCACCAACCCCCACUCCAGCCUCGCCCUAACUCAGGAGCUACAGCUUCGGGGAUAUUGCUAACCCACCUCUCGCAUUGGGUUUCCUCCACCCUGUUAAAUGCAAACUUCCAAAUGUCUGUGAAACAUAUCCAAGACCGUUCAAAGCAGGAAAUAGCUGCAAGAAUCAUUCAGAGGGCCUGGAAAACUUUCCUUAAUGUUUCCAUAUACCAGCAUUUUAAAAGUCUGAUUGACCUAAGAAGACAAGGGGAGCCACGUCAGAUAGUGAGGUACAUUAAUCCCAAAGAGGCACAGCUCCUAGAUGCUGCUGCUGGCGUCCAAGUCCGAUUCAGAUUGGGUGGGGUUAGAUUUCCACCUGAGAUAUACUAUAAAAUUUUUACUCACAGACAUAUUGAGGAUCUGUGUGCUAAUAGCCCUAGAGAUUACACAAAGCUUCCAGCAAGAUACACAUCCCACAACAAAGAUGAUCCACCCCAAGUGGAGGACAACAGUGGCUGGUAUCGCCGUGUAGAGAACAACAGCUGGAGGCCUGUUUCCUACAGAUUUUGGAUGCCACUUGAAAGCGGAGUGGUGGACAGCACAAAGGAAAGCGAAUUUCAUUUCUCUAAACUGAAGAGAAAGCAAGAUCUGGAGAAGAAAAGGAAAAUUAAAAAAAUUGAUUGGAUGAGACAAAUGUACUACAUGGGAAGCCUGGAGGCCAAGGCAACAGAUAAUGAGACUUUAGGUCUAAUUCACAAAGCAACAAAAGGCCUAAUCAAGAGCAUUGAAGAUGGUGGAGUGGACUCCGUAAUGGAGUGGGAAGUAGAUGAAGUGCUGAACUGGACAAACACACUCAACUUUGAUGAGUAUAUUGCAAGCUGGAGAGAAACUGCUACAAGCAACUCUUCAGCUAACUUAAAAGAUGUCAACCUUCAGCGAAUACAGAAAAGCCUGGAGAGCAACAUCUAUGGAGAUGAGGCAAAGCAAGCAGGGGAGUCACUGUAUGAUGACUCUACUUACUAUGAAAAUGCUUACACACAACAGUUCACUAGAUUAACACCCGACUCCAUGUUCGGCAUGUAACCAGAAAGGAUUCCCUUCUCUGAGCAAUGGACCUACCUUCAAGCCCACUUUCCAGCGAAAGCCAAGAAACUACUUAUUCUGACUACAAUGACAUGUGUAUUGUCUUACUUUUAGUUAAGGGAUACUGAAGAAAUACUGCCCUGGACAGUGUACAGUUCCUCCUGGUAUUCUGAUAAACUGUAGUUGUUUGACAGUUAUACUUAAAAUAAAGAUACUUUUUUU